AUGUUGGGGUUUCUCCGCAAGAUAGAGGAGCACCUCACGCCUGUUGGUCCGGCUACAACGCCGAACCAGCCCCCUCAGAUGAUGGAGCACCAACCUCAUAUCCUCACAGAGCGUUCGCAGUCGCACGACUCGGAUUCUUCCGAGAAAGUUGCAGCUAACGAGAACUGGAUCGACGCCCGUGACGGCUAUCAGGUCAUGGCCUCACAUAUAUGGAAGUCGUGCAAUCGUCGAAACUUCUUCUCAGAGAAUUCCGAGGUGCCCAGCGCCGUUGCGCUUCGUUUCUCCAAAGGACAGUACGUGAUCUGCCCAUCCGAUGAUCAGAGGCUUUCCACCUUCUUCGACGCAGUCGUGGUCCUUAACUGCGAGGCGGCAAUGACUAUCACGUCGCCUGUUGUUUCAGCAAUCAAUACUCGUCUGGCUGCCGGAACCGAGCAAGUCCCGAUCACAGCAUCGCAACAUAUUCAAGUUGUCGAGACCAUGGAGCAGCUUGCUGGCGCUCGUAAGGCGCAAAAUGCCUGCUUCAUUCGUGGAGAGAACACCGUCGUGAUCUGGUGCGACCACGUUGAACAGCUCGAGGAACGGGCUCAGGAUCUCGAAGAAAAGAUGAUCAAGUUCGUAUGGAACAGCUCUUACAAGAACAACACAAGCAACCUCGUAGCUUCCACCACCACCAGGAGUCUGGAUGACACAUCCAUGAACCAGUUCAACAAAAGCCAAGCUUACUUCCGUGCACUGUUAAGCAGCGGAGACGGCACGCCAUUCGAUGGCGCAAGUUCUCACGCAGCUUCCAUUGCUCCCUCGAAUCCUUACUCUGAUUCUCACGCAGUCAACAUGUCUCCCUCGGGCUCGAGCUCUCCAUCAUCGGCAGGUACGGACGACAGCGUUGUUACUGAUUCCGAGAAACAGGAGCAGCCAAUGGAAGAGAGACCUCUUAACUACCAGGCACCUCUCCAACAUGGCCUGGCCGUCGCGCUCGACAUCUUCUUGUGCUUCCUCUUCGUCUCGAAGCUCUUCCAGACAUGUCUCCUCGACGGCAACUGGGCACGUAUGGGACUCGCCGCCUUGGCCUUGCCCAUGUUCCCGGUAAUCCUGUUCUUCUGCGAUAAUGUCAUUGGCGUCAUCUUCCAGCUCGUUGGACCCGUUCGUCAGCUCCAUCAGAACUCCCAGUACUACUCCGGCAAGGCUCCAACGAGGAUCAUGGGGUGUUUGCCUCACAUCACCAUCCAGAUGCCCGUGUACAAGGAAUCCAUGGAAGGUGUGCUCAUUCCUACCAUCGAGUCGGUGAAGAAGGCCAUCAGCACGUACGAGCUUCAGGGAGGCACCGCCUCGAUCAUCGUCUCCGAAGACGGUAUGCAGCUCGUCUCUAAGGAGGAGCAAGCCGUUCGACACGAGUUUUACGAGAAGAACAACAUCGGGUGGGUGGCCCGACCCGCUCACGGCAAGGAUGGCUACCUGCGUAAAGGCCGCUUCAAGAAGGCCUCGAACCUCAACUUCACUUGCCGACUCUCGCUCACCGUUGAGCAGGCCAUGUCUGAAUAUCGAGCUCAAGCAUCCGAGGAACUCGCCGCCUGGACGGAAGCCGAUGAAAACGCUCUCUACAAGCGCUGCUUGGAUCAGUGUCUUCCCGUGCUUCACCCUCUUGCGCAGGCCAGAGGCAACGUUCGUAUCGGCGACUUGAUCCUUCUCAUCGACUCCGAUACUCGUGUUCCAGAGGAUUGCCUCCUCGACGCUGCCUCGGAGAUGAUCCAAUGCCCCGAUGUCGGUGUCCUGCAGCACUGCUCUGGUGUCAUGAUCGUCUCUGACAGCUACUUUGAGCUUGGUAUCGCCUUCUUCACUCGUCUGGUCAACUUUGCCAUCUCAUACACAGUGGCAGCUGGAGAUAUCGCGCCAUUCAUGGGCCACAACGCCUUUUUGCGUUGGUCUGCAAUGCAGGAAGCGUCCUUCGUCGACCCCGAAGAUGGCAUCCGCAAAGUCUGGUCCGAGAGCCACGUAUCCGAGGAUUUCGACAUGGCACUUCGUCUUCUCAUGUGCGGCUACAUUACGAGGUGGGCCACGUACUCCAACAAUGGUUUCGAAGAGGGUGUGUCGCUCACCUGCGAUGACGAGCUCAAUCGAUGGCAGAAAUACGCGUUUGGUUGCUCCGAGCUGGUCUUCAAUCACCUCUGGCAGUGGCCGUACCGUGGACCUUUCAGCAAGCUGUUCCGAACCUUCUUACAGAGCAACGUGCCGAUUCACUACAAGUUUUCGGCUUGUUCGUACAUCUUCUCCUACUACGCCAUCGCUCUCGCCUACCCUCUCGGAUUUGGUCUGUACCUGGCUCAAGGUUGGUCCUAUCCGGUCAUGUUGCCAGUCUUUAUGCCUUCUUUCAACAUUUGGGUCUCCGUAAUGGUCGUGUUCGCUGCUGGAGGUAACGUGGCACAGAUCCUAGCUCGAUACCGUGCCAAGACCGACGGAUUGUUCAACCUGGUGAAGGAGCACCUUACCUGGAUGCCGUUCAUGGUGAUCUUCUUUGGCGGUCUCUCGUUGCAUGUGCUGACCGCGUUGGCAGCGCAUCCUGUUGGCGUCAACAUGACUUGGGGUGCCACGAUCAAGGAUUUAGAAGACAGUAAUUUCUUCCUAGAGGUACCGGCCAUACUCAAAAGGUUCUGGAAGGUGUUCAUCGUCGCUGUCGGCACCAUCGCAGCUGUCAUCAUCUUCCAACUACCAGACGUCGUGCCGAUCCAAUGGCAGAUCCUGGGCUUCUAUACUUACUGGCCGGUUCUGUUGCUGGCGACUUUGCACAUUGUCUAUCCGAUUGCUCUCAACCCAGCAUUGCUCCGAUUCUCUUUCUAG